GCAUUAGGAAGUGUCUAUACAACGCGCUUUGUAUUACGCUCGAGUGAGAACAACAACAAUUGCAAAGAUGGCAAUGUGGACUCGUGGUUUCAAGAACUGUAGCAAACCUUCUGUGCGCACCUAUGGCGAAUGUAUCCUCUGCGAUCGUCAUCUCUGCGCUCAGCAUCUCGGCCCCGAGUAUAAUACAUGCCCCAAGUGGGAGAUGACAAAUUAUACGACCCUGCUGCUUAGGAAGCAGAAAGAAAGGAAAUUAGCAACCUUCUGAACAAAAUCAACAUCUCCGCGCUUCUCUCUCGAGCUAGCUACCUGCGCAAUGGCGUUCCUUGUUCUAUACCGAAACCCCUUCAGUAUGAUCAGUUAUCGCGUUUCUCGG